GGUGCUAGCAGGGCUUCUCAUUUUGUAGCCCGUUGGCUCGUCUGCACCAUUUCCGGAGCUCUUACCGGCCUUUUCGCUCUUGCAUACAUGGCAGGUUUAGGUGGCAUUUAACGGACGCAUCAGUAUCAGUCAUGGAUGGAAAGGCUCGAAUCAAAACACUAUGUAACGUUAGGGGUCCAAAUCCAAAAUAUUAAACUUUUAGGGGAGGGAAAGUUUCAUUUUUAAAUCGCAUAGCUUUUAAAUAUUGGGUUGAUAAUAAAAUAGAAGACUGGUGUGGCUUGUCAAUCACCUUGCCUGUCAAAGGGGAUGUGGCUUGACCUUUUGAUUGCCAGUAUAGGUACUGGAAUGAAUUUGAUAUAAGAUUGUGUCAAUCAAGUGAAGUCAUUGCUUACAGUUCAACUUCCUUAUUUCAGGAAAUGGACAAAAGUUUUUGAUAUUAUGACACAUAUCAUGAGAUAUAUGAAAAGGUUCCCAUUGGUCCAAACAAGGGUGACCAAAUUAUUUGCAAUAAUUUGUCAUCCUAAAGUUCAACUUGAUACCUAUCUCAAGCCACCAAAAGCAAACCAAGCCCUUAAAAAGUACCUUAACUCCAAUUGCAUCACCGAGGCCCUGUUGUUCUUUAGAGAGCUAAUGAGAAAAAGCCCUUCUACAAUUGAUAGCUUUUCUUUCUUAUUUGUCCUUAAAGCUUGCACCCAGAAGCAUUCUGCCACCAGAGGAAAACAAUUUCACACCCUCAUCAUAAAAUUUGGGUUUGAGCCCAUCAUUUACCUCCAAACUUCUCUGAUAAAUAUGUAUUCAGCAAGAGGGAAUCUUUUUGAUGCACAUUGUGUGUUUGAUGAAAUAACCUGUAAAAAUAUAGUUUGCUGGACGGCCUUGAUUUCUGCCUAUGUUGACAACCAAAACCCUCAAAAAGCUCUCAAGCUGGUCUGGCAGAUGCAGAUGGACAAUCUGGAGCCUGAUAAUGUCACGUUGACUGUUGCACUCUCUGCCUGUGCAGAUAUUGGGGCAUUGGAGAUGGGAGAGUGGAUUCAUGCUUACAUUCGUCAUAAAGAAGGGCUUCAUAUAGAUUUAUCCCUGAACAAUUCUCUCAUUAACAUGUAUGCAAAAUGUGGGGACAUUGUGGCUGCCAGGAGAUUGUUUGAUGGCAUGAAAAAAAAGGAUGUCACAACUUGGACAUCCAUGAUUGUGGGGCAUGCGCUCCAUGGACAAGCAGAAGAAGCGCUUAAACUUUUUUCAAAAAUGAGAGGAAUAAACAAGAACAGUAGGAAGCACAAGAGGCAUGGUGAUUGUGGUAGUUCUUUAAUUGUCCCAAAUGAUGUUACAUUCAUUGGAGUUCUAAUGGCUUGUAGCCAUGCAGGGAUAGUGGAGGAAGGGAAGCAACAUUUCAAAAGUAUGAGUGAGGAUUAUGGUUUAAAGCCUAGAGAGUCUCAUUUUGGUUGUAUGGUGGAUCUUUUCUGCCGAGCUGGGCUCCUAAAUGAAGCAUAUGAAUUUAUUUUAGAGAUGCCAUUUAAGCCAAAUGCAGUGGUUUGGCGGACUCUUUUGGGUGCAUGUACCCUCAAAGGAAAUGUUGAGGUUGCUACAGAAGUUCAGGGCAGACUGUUUGAGUUGGAUCCUGGCUAUGCUGGUGAUUAUGUUGCCAUGUCCAAUAUCUAUGCUUCUAAAGGCAUGUGGGAUCAGAAAAUUGUUGUCAGACAUCAUAUAAAGCAGCGGAGGUCUCCUGGUUGCAGCUUAAUUGAGGUGGGAUCUGAAAUAAAUGAAUUUGUUGCUGCAGAUGAGGAUCAUCCUUUAAGGUCUGAGAUUUAUACGGUUCUCAAGCACUUGCUUAUCAACAUGAAAUCUUUUGGGUACUCUCCGGAGCUUUCAAGCACAACAAAGUAUUGAUCAUCAAAAGUUGUCAGAUGAGCUUAUGGUUUUGGUUGUUUUCGAAGUGAAUUGAGCUAUUUUAGAAGGGCUUGUUAUAGAUUGUAGUGAAAUUAUUUGAUUUGGAGUGAAUUGAGCUAUUUAGAAUUCAAUGUUUUGUCGUUCUUUCGAGGACACUGAGAAGACGUUGGAUGAGCUAAAGGUUUUAUGCUAGCAUAGUCUUUUUGAGUGGUCUCAUUGUUGGGGUUUUACUGAUUAUUCUUCUCUCUCUGAGUUUAUGUUUUCUCUUAGAUUAGUUUCUUGAUUUCCCUCUUUUUUGCUGUUUGU